AUGGAUAAUAUCAAAAUGGAUCAAGAUGAAGGUAUGGAUAAUAUCAUUGAUCUGACGGACACAUCGGAUUCAGACUCUUACCAAGACAGAGUAUUUGUGGCUCAACACACACCUUUAGUGCUUGAACUGCACGACAUAAGAAAAGAUGAUCCAUUGCCUACUGGUGCUUCUCCGACACAGCCACCAACAGCUGGAAAACUAAGGAAGCAAAAAAAGAAAAAGAAAGAAACAGCCAAUAAAAACGCGAGUUACUCUAGUCUAUCUAGUGAGAAUUUGUCUGAUGCUAGCUCCGUGGCGCCACCUCCUGAGACAAAAGAAAAGUUUUAUGAUGCCCGUGAAAGUUAUCAUGGUAUACCACCAAACCAGGUGCCAUUAACUGCAGCAGCUGCAGUACUACAAACGCAUUCUGUCACACCUUCCAUCGCUCAUUCUAUUGAAGCUGCCCAAGACCCAAAAACUACGCCACCAGCAUCAUCUCAACAGCAAGCAACUACUACAGCUCCUACAGAAGAAAGAAAAGAGCCAUCACCUAUUAGUAAACUACUACAACUUAUAAUGUGA